AUGGCGAUUUGUGGAAGUAGUCAAAAAACAAUUCAACGUAAAAUAGUUAUAUUGGGAGAUGGUGCUUGUGGUAAAACAUCAUUAUUAAAUGUGUUCACAAGAGGAUAUUUCCCUCAAGUUUAUGAACCAACGGUAUUCGAAAAUUAUGUUCAUGAUAUUUUUAUUGAUGGUCAAUCAGUUCAAUUAUCUUUAUGGGAUACUGCUGGUCAAGAAGAAUUCGAUAGGCUAAGAUCUUUAAGUUACAGUGAUACUCAUUGUAUCAUGUUAUGUUUUUCCAUAGAUUCCCCCGAUUCUUUAGAAAAUGUCCAAACAAGAUGGGUCGGAGAAAUUGCCGAUAAUUGUGAAGGUGUUAAAUUAGUUUUAGUAGCAUUAAAAUGUGAUUUAAGAAGUAAUGAAGAUACUGAUGUUGAUCAACCACCUAAUCAAGAAGAUGAUUCAUUCAAUCCUUAUUCCCAAUCACAAAAUCCAUAUCAACAAUCAAGAAGAUUAAUCAGUUAUGAAGAAGGUUUAGCUGUAGCUAAAAAAGUCGGAGCUUUAAGAUAUUUAGAAUGUUCUGCUAAAAAGAAUAGAGGGGUUAAUGAAGCUUUUUCAGAAGCUGCAAGAUGUGCUCUUAACGCUAGACCUAAAGGGGCUGCUAAUGAUAACGAUAAUGAAAAGAAAGGUUGCGUUAUUAUGUAA